AUGACCAGCAAACGACCAGCCUACGCCAGCAGCCACCCAUCCCACGAACCCAACCACUCGGCCAUCCAGGCAGCAUCCCCAGGCUUCUCACCACCCCCCGACACUCCCACGGCCUACUACUCCCCACUAAGCACCGCCCACCCCCUCAUCCUGCCCACCAUCCCCCAGCGCAGGAAAUCAAAACCAAACACUACAACCACCACCACCAGCACCGCCAACUUCAACAACUUCAACAACACCAAUAACCCAAACAAGCGUCGCAAGAGCUCCUACCCCGCCCACCAGCACCAGCUCCGGGAUGACGGAAUCGAGGGCUACGAGCAGCCCGCGGCUAGCCCCGCCUACCAGCCCCUAAACACGCUGACAGAGCAGCAGCAACAGAAAGAGGACGGCGAGCUGGAGAACGACCCCGAGGAAGAAGAGAACCGCAAAGAACUCAACGACGACGACUACACCGUCCGCAAACGCGAGGAUCUCUUGAACAAGGACAGACUCAAGAUUCUGUUGGAACACUUCGACCCGCAGCAGAUGGACAGGUACAGCGAGUACCGGAACUCCGGGCUGGCGAAGGCGAACGUGCGCAAGCUGGCUAAUAGUAUCCUCCAGCAGUCGGUCAGCGAGCGAGUGACGAUCGUGAUCCGGGGCUUCGCGAAAGUGUUUGUCGGACACAUGGUCGAACAAGCCUUGGAGGUCCAGAAGCGCAGGGGAGGCACCGGGCCGAUCGCCCAGCACGACUUGAAGGAGGCCUAUCGGGCCUAUCUGUCCGAGCGCGACCGCGGCGGAAGCGACCGGCGGAAGAUGUUUACCAAAUAG